CCACGCGCCGGGGGAGGGGGCGCCCCGCGGGCCGGGGGCGGGCGCCUGGCUCUGCGUGGGGCGGGGCGGCUCCCACCUGCCCGCGCGCUGGCCCCCGCCUCCCCCGCCUCUCGUGCGCCCGCUCCCUCCUCCUUCCCUCCCUCCCGCGGGGCUUCGGCGGCGGCGCUCAGCGCAGGCAGGUCCCCCUGCUGCCGGGUCCCAUUUGUUGCCGGCUCUGACUCGGGGCGGCCGCGGCGCGCGGAGCUCCGGGGAGUCAGGCGGAGCAGCCGCGCAGCCACGACGGAGCAGCAGCGGGACUGGCCGCCCCGCGCCCCCUUCGCCGCCGUGCCCUUCCCCGGCGCGCUCACCCCGUUCUCGGGAUGGGAUUGUAGCGGCGGCGCGGACUCGGCGGGGAUCGCGGCGGAGGCGGCGGCGUCGGCGGCCGAGCGGGGCUCCAUGUUUUCCCCUGGCCAGGAGGAACACUGCGCCCCCAAUAAGGAGCCAGUGAAAUACGGGGAGCUGGUGGUGCUCGGGUACAAUGGUGCUUUACCCAAUGGAGAUAGAGGACGGAGGAAAAGUAGAUUUGCCCUCUACAAGCGGCCCAAGGCAAAUGGUGUCAAACCCAGCACCGUCCAUGUGAUAUCCACGCCCCAGGCGUCCAAGGCUAUCAGCUGCAAAGGUCAACACAGUAUAUCCUACACUUUGUCAAGGAAUCAGACUGUGGUGGUGGAGUACACACAUGAUAAGGAUACGGAUAUGUUUCAGGUGGGCAGAUCAACAGAAAGCCCUAUCGACUUUGUUGUCACAGACACGAUUUCUGGCAGCCAGAACACGGACGAAGCCCAGAUCACACAGAGCACCAUAUCCAGGUUCGCCUGCAGGAUCGUGUGCGACAGGAAUGAACCUUACACAGCACGGAUAUUCGCCGCCGGAUUUGACUCUUCCAAAAACAUAUUUCUUGGAGAAAAGGCAGCAAAGUGGAAAAACCCCGACGGCCACAUGGAUGGGCUCACUACUAAUGGCGUCCUGGUGAUGCAUCCACGAGGGGGCUUCACCGAGGAGUCCCAGCCUGGGGUCUGGCGCGAGAUCUCUGUCUGUGGAGAUGUGUACACCUUGCGAGAAACCAGGUCGGCCCAGCAACGAGGAAAGCUGGUGGAAAGUGAGACCAACGUCCUGCAGGACGGCUCCCUCAUUGACCUGUGUGGGGCCACUCUCCUCUGGAGAACAGCUGAUGGGCUUUUUCAUACUCCAACUCAGAAGCACAUAGAAGCCCUCCGGCAGGAGAUUAACGCCGCCCGGCCUCAGUGUCCUGUGGGGCUCAACACCCUGGCCUUCCCCAGCAUCAACAGGAAAGAGGUGGUGGAGGAGAAGCAGCCCUGGGCAUAUCUCAGUUGUGGCCAUGUGCACGGGUACCACAACUGGGGCCAUCGGAGUGACACGGAGGCCAACGAGAGGGAGUGUCCCAUGUGCAGGACUGUGGGCCCCUAUGUGCCUCUCUGGCUUGGCUGUGAGGCAGGAUUUUAUGUAGACGCAGGACCGCCAACUCAUGCUUUCACUCCCUGUGGACACGUGUGCUCGGAGAAGUCUGCAAAAUACUGGUCUCAGAUCCCGUUGCCUCAUGGAACUCAUGCAUUUCAUGCUGCUUGCCCUUUCUGUGCUACACAGCUAGUUGGGGAGCAAAACUGCAUCAAAUUAAUUUUCCAAGGUCCAAUUGACUGACGCCCUUGACAGCCAUCUACGACUUUAUUAACAGGUUACUGUGAAGAUUUUGCCACUAACUCUAGAUUUUACCUUUUUGUAAUGCUGUUUAUCAGGGGAGGGUGACAGGGCUGGAAAUAAAGAGAGGGGACAUGGUGAUGAAACAUGGCAGGAGUGUAACAGAUACCAGUGGUGUGUUGCAUGCUCAAAACAGCAGCAUCGUCAUUGAAGUCUGCUUGAUUAAACCAUAAUAUCUUUGUAAUAAUUGGAUUUAAAAUGCUAUGCUUCUAUUUUUAACCUUGGGUUUUUAACCAAGUUUUUUUUUUUGUAAUCUUGGACAAGACUUUAAAUCAUAUUUUACAGAUGUAGAAGAAAUUUAUUCAAAAGUGUGGGCUCAUGAAGUUCACUUCAGUGCAGUGUGGUGUAGGUGUUACGCGAAGGGCGCACAGUGUCUAGAAAUACUUGAUCGUGGCUCAAACCUGACCAGACAGCAGAGGGGCGGCUCUGUACAGUGUGACUGGUGGACAGAUGGCCUUAGGCACAGGUGGUUUUGAAAUCUGGGGCUUUUUCUGAUUUAUUUUUCUGACUUGUUGGGGGAGAGAAUAUUCAUAUCUUGUGGGCUUUUUUUUUUUUUAACUUCAGUGGAAUUUACUUUAGAUAUUCAUUCAUCAAAUACAUGGGACUUCACAAACAAUUUUCCAUAACUUUUUAGCCUGUCUUUUGUUAUUUCUGCCUAAUAUGAUUUGCCCCGAUACUCAUCUUGCACGGCCAGAACUGUUUGGUUGAUUAAAAUACAUCAGCUCUUAAAAACUCAUUAACUGAGGGUAAUUACAGUAGUAGACAUGGUCUGGGUACUAUACUACCACAUUUAUUUGCUGACUGAAUUAAGAUUUAAGAAUGAUUAAAAAUAAGCUUUUACUUUUUAAAACCACUUGGGGUUUCAUAAAGCUUGGGUUUUUUUUUUCCUUUGUUAAGAAAGCCAAAUUCUGUGAGUCUGAAAGCAACCAAUCACAAUGAUAUAGUCAUUUUUGUGCACUCCCUUUUCACCAUCUGUCACCUUCCCUUGCAGCUUAAGGAGCCCAGUAAGUUUCGAAAAUGUUUGCAAAUCAAACUAAAUUUAAGUGGGAUGAUUAGAUAUACACAACACCAAGUGGUACGUCUGCAGAGAUAAUUCAAAAUUCCUGCUUUUGAGAGAGCAAAUGAGUGUUUGCUGAGGAAUAAUUAAAUGAGAAUUUCAUAGGAGCUCCACCAUUCCUGUUACUUUCAUUUCAUUUUGAUUAAUAAUUCUUGGAUGCUUGGCAUUGAUCGUAUCACUGCUCCUAGAAGGUAGAGAUCCUUUAGGACAUGAGACUGGUAGAAGCUGGCUGAGAUAAAAUAAGUAUUUAUUUAAACUAAUGUUCUCUUAAUUUGACCAUUGCAGAUUUGGGUGACUUUUUUUUAACCUUUGUACAUAUACGUAAUUUAUAUGAUUCUAAUGUACUAUAUCCAUACUUGAAUUGGUUUUUUCGUAUUUUGCCUACUGGCAAAUAUUUUGCCUAUUUUCAGUCGUUCUAACCUAUUUGAAUACACUUUUCCUUAAAGUGAUACGAUAAUAUUACUCUUGAUUGCUGCUGCUUAUUUUGACGUAAUAUGUUUAAAGUUCAGCCUCUCAGUUUUAAUGUAGCUUUAUUUUUCAAUGGAGAUCAUUGUUUAGGAUGAGACAUUUUUGGUUUUGGUUUUGUUUGGGUAAAUUUUAAAUGAUGUGAAAAUCUCACAACAGUCCUCUUAUAGAUAGCUUGCUGUAUUCUAUAUAGCUUACUCUACCUGCAGACAGAAAAUGAAAGAAAAAAAUGGACUUGCCUAGAAUAAUAUAUUGAAUGCCUUUUGAUUUAGCCAGAGUCUCUGAUGAUUAGCUUUCGCUGAUAGAGUAUGUCUUUUCAGCCUGUAAUUCUUUGGGCCCCAAAGAAUGACAAAGGAGGCACUCGUUCUCUUUUCUUGCUGUAUGCCUAGAAAGUGGUUGAAGGAUUCUUGAUGCCCUAAAACCAUCUUGUAAGCUAAAUGGUCUUGCAUCCAGAAAGGCCAGAUUUUACCUACCAAGAAAAAAAAGAUAUUUUUCCAGAGAGUUAGGUAUAUCAUAAUUUUCCAUUUCAAGUCCUGUUUAUAAGUCUAGUCAUUCUGCAACGUGACAUAUCCCCCAAAAUGAAGUUACCUUCCAAGUUGGACACGUCCCAUAGUUGGGCAUAUGUCUAACUAAAAGUUUCUGACUUUUAGUAAAUUCAGCUUAAAUAUAAGUUGAAAUUUGGGAAAUAAUUUCCAAGCUCUUGGAAGGGGUAACAGUGAACCGCCCUCCAUGGGCUCCACAUCUUUUCCUUUGGCUUCCAAAGUGAGGUCCCGCCCACCCUGCCUAAGGAACUGCAGAGAGGUGGCAAAUCAGCAAAAAGGACACCAAGCUCUUCUUGGCCACUUGUAGGAAGAUCCCUUUACAAUUUUGACUAAGGAGAUUUUUUUUUUUCACAGUUGAGUUAGUUUGUGAAAAUAAAGAACUCUGUAGCUCACCAAGGUGGAGAAACGCAAUUCAGAAAAGUAAUUUCUCCAAGGUCACUUCUUUUUUUAUGUCUUGCCAUCACUAUAAAGGACUAGCCCCACUCCCCCAUGUGUAUACACAAGGAAAUUGCAGACCAAUUAGUUGUCUUGGCCUGACUCUAAUGCCUUUUGCAAGUAGCUUUCCAGAAGUAAAAGUCCCAGUGAUGUAUUCCCAUAGAAAUAUUUUUCAGUUGUUUAUGUCGUUUACUACAAAAAAAAUGAUUCAGAGUGGAUGGAGUACAACUCUGAGUAUUUUUCUAGUCCGGAAUUUUUUAUUAAUAAUCGGUGCUGCCGGGUCAUGCAUGCUGCAACUCUCAACAUUUCCCUUAUUUGGUUCAGCUUUUAGCAAAAAGGGCUACAGUUCACCCUGCAGAGUAUUAAGGUUUCUGGAUUUUUUUCUCCCAACUGUGGCCCGAAAGAAUUAAAAUCUGUUAAUAUAAAUAGAGAACAUAUUUAUCAUUCCUCGAUAGUUAAUUAUAGACUUUGGUACCUUUGUGCCUCAGGGAAGCCACGUGAUAUAACUGGUUAUAGAAUUUCAGGGUUAGGGUUUAAAGAAAGGAGAAAGCCAUUGGAAAAAUGAUGGGCUCCAUUAAGGAGACUAAUGAAUCUGGAUGCAGAAAUAUGUCAGAAACUGGCAUAAACAUGAUUGUAGUAGAAUUUAUUUUCCAGUACCAAUAGGGAAAUUAUUUUAAGUUAUUACAUUUACUGUAUUGGGAAACUUGAGGAGAACUCUUUUCUUCAUAAAGCUUCAAUGUCUUUUUUUUUUUUCAUGGAAAAACUCAAACCUCUGUUAUUUGGGAGCUCAGUAUUGUGUGGACACUUACGAGAGUUUUCUGCUUAAUUGAAGUGUAAUAUAGGUUAUAGAAUUGUUACCUGCAGUUCUAUGGUUUUGUUUCACUUCUUUUCUUUUUUAAAGCCAUUCUGUUCUUUGGAUGUGCUUGAAAGGGUGUGUGAUUACACCAUUGUUAAUGCUGGGUAAAAACUAUCUUCUUGCAGCCUUGCCUCAUAACAGUGGAAUUUCUGAUAGACAAACCACAGGACUUUGAUUUUAAGCCAAAUCCAUCUCCAUCCCUUUACUGUCAAUCUUCUGUCCCAGUAGUUUAGCCUUUGCGGCUUAGGGUAUGAUGCGCCUCCUUCUGUGCGACCAAUGAGACGACUUCAGCAUCUUUUUAAAAUAAUCUAAGCAUCAUUGAAGCAGUAACACAAAAAAAGGUUCAGUAUUUUCUUUUUAGUAUAACUUACAUCCUUUCAAAUAAGUCUUUGCCCUCAUGAAGAAUCCCUAGAGGAAGAUAAGGAAAAUAAGUAUUUUCCAGUUUUGCUUGACAGUUUCUAAACAAACAAAAAUGAACUCAAUGAAAGGAAAGAUGUUUCUUUUUAGCUGAGAUGACAGAUUGCUUCUCUGUAUUAAAUAGUCUAGAAGUUAAGGGGAUGGUCACAUUUACCAUGUAUUGUGUUAUUAGCAGUUAAAUUUUAUGAAUAUGUUUGUAAAAUUGUUGUUUUAUAUUUCAUGUCAAAUUGAAAAGUUUAUUUCUUCACUAUUGUACCUGUGGAAAUACAAGCCAUUUUACAGGAAAAAAUCUUCAAAAACUAUUAAAUGGAUAUCAGCCUGUUUGUGAGCCAUUGUCUUCAGAUUCUGUGGUUGUCACUGAGUUCAUUAGGACAUUUAGUAGGUUGAUAAGAGUAGAACUGAUUUUUUUCACUUCUCUAACUUCCAGGUUAAUCUCCAACUGUUGAGUUUAUUAAUUGUUUUAUAUUCUGCACAAUACAUAUUUAAACCUUGAUUCUGAAAAUCCCCUACAGUUUUUAAUUAAAGAAAUUUCCUUGGUGCCUAUAUUACUAUUUCUCGUGACAUUACAUCACUGUCAAAUAAAGUUAACUUCCAGGGGAAUUUAACCUGA